AUGUCUUUCGAAGGAUUACAAGAGCGCCUGACGGCUCUGCAGGAGACGACAUCGCAGCUCCAAGAGCUUAUUGAUCGGCUGCACAACCUCACCUUCCAGCCCGGAUCCGUGCCCCUCGGCGGCCCGGAUGACGACAAUGUUGGCACGGAGCUGAGCGCGGAGAUCAGCCAGAUUCUGCGCGAAGAGGAGGACGAGCUCGAGCUUCUUCAAGAGGAAGUCGAGGAUAUCAGGAGCGGACGCCCCGGGAGCGAAACAGAGCACACGAAGACGAGGUUGAAGGAUGGGCUCGAGCGGUUGCAGCAGGAACUCAAGAGCUCGCGGCUCAACUUUAGGAAAGCCCAGAUCGUGGCCAAGCGAAACCUCACCCGGGCGCAGAGACUCGAACGCGAGCUUCUCUUGCAGUCCUACUCGCAGCCCGUCUCCGAAGCGACUUCUCCCCGUCUCGGCGCCGAAGACGCCGAAUCGAUCAAGGCGCCGAGCAUCCGCCACCACCGACAGGCGCACCACGCCCAUCAGCAGCAGUCUACCCUGUCGGAGGAGGAUCAGAAGACGGUUGGUGCGGCCAGCAACGUGACGAGCUCGCUGCGGCGGACGCACGACCUCAUCGCAGCGGAGCUGGCGCGCAGCGAGUUCGCGCACCAAACGCUGACAGAAUCUUCGGCUGCGCUGGCGCAGUUGGACGAAUCAUACGGGUCACUGGAAGGGAUGCUUGCGAGCUCAAAGGACCUUCUCGGAACCCUUGUCAAGUCCCAGAAGAGUGACACGUGGUACCUACAGACGGCCAUGUACAUGCUCCUCUCGACAGGUGCCUGGCUGGUCUUUCGCCGCUUCCUGUAUGGACCGGCAUGGUGGCUUGUCUGGCUACCUAUUAGGAUGUUGUACAGCCUUGUGAUGGGCGGAGGAGGUGCUGUCAUCAAGUACGGCAGCUCGAGCGGUUCAUCGACAGUGGUCGUAGACCAGGCGACCGUUGAGGUUCAAGGCCUACCGGACAGUGAUCUGCCAACCAUUGACGUUGGUACUGCGAAAGCGGAGAGCACAGUGGUAGUAAAGGGUGACGCUGAAGGUUUGGUUGAGAAGAUUGGCAAGAUGGUGGAAGACAUGCCAGAGCUUCAGGCGGACGAUGAGCUUGAGGAUGGAGAAGAGGCGGACGAGUUCCACGAUGCGGUGCAAGAGCCUGUCGAGGUGCCGCAACAGAGGGACGAGCUGUAG